UGAGAUAAUAGGCACACAACCGGCCUUCGAUACGUACAUACAUUCAGAAACCAGUCUGUAUUCCGGACGGCAAAGCGCCGGCGCACGCACGUCCACACGCGGCUAUACAAAUAGAAAUAAAAAAAAACAAUGUUCCCAUUACGCCGUAUCGUUGGCAGCAAGAUCUUGGAGCAAUGGCGCGCUCCCGUAGCAGCUGGUUCAAAGACCCAGAUGAAAAACUACAGUUCAGAAUUGGCUGCCCCUCGACCUUUGACCAUGUUAACUGAUGAUGAAUUAGCUAUGAGAGAAACAAUUAAGAAACUAGCGAGCGAACAAAUAGCACCUCUAGUGAGGAAGAUGGAAGAUGAACACAAAAUCGAUGAUGGGAUCAGACAAAUGUUGUUCGAUAAUGGCCUCAUGGGUAUCGAAACUCCGGAAGAAUAUAGCGGUUCAGGUUGUGGAUUCCUAACCAUGAUGUUGGUAGUAGAAGAAUUAUCGAGAGUAGAUCCAGCAGUUGCUGCGUUUGUGGACAUCCACAAUACGCUGGUGAACUCAUUGUUCAUGAAGUUAGGAACGGAGGAACAAAAACAGAAGUAUUUGACGAAACUGUGCACCGAAUACGCUGGCAGCUUUUGCCUGACGGAACCAACGUCCGGCUCUGACGCCUUCGCCCUCAAGACUGUCGCGAAGAAAGAUGGCGACCAUUUCGUUAUCAAUGGCUCCAAAAUGUGGAUCUCCAACUCAGACGUUGCUGGAGUCUUCCUCGUUAUGGCCAAUGCAGACCCAUCUAAGGGCUACAAAGGCAUCACCUGCUUUAUAGUCGACAGAGAGACCCCUGGUCUAUCAGUCGCCAAACCUGAAAACAAACUAGGAAUCAGAGCUUCAGGGACCUGCAUGGUACACUUCGACAACGUUAGAGUUCCAGAGAGUAAUAUCUUGGGAGAAUACGGGAAAGGAUACAAAUACGCGGCCGGAUUUCUGAACGAAGGCCGUAUAGGUAUCGCAGCACAGAUGAUUGGCCUCUGCCAAGGUUGCAUGGACGCCACUAUACCUUACACCCUGGACAGGAAACAGUUCGGGAAGAGCAUCUUCACUUUCCAGGGUAUCAGCUACCAAAUCGCGCACCUCCAAACCCAGCUGGAGGCGGCGCGGCUGCUCACAUACAACGCGGCGAGGCUCAAGGAGAACGGCAUAGAAUUCGUCAAAGAGGCCGCCAUGGCCAAAUACUACGCCUCAGAAAUCGCCCAGACCCUGACAUCCAAGUGCAUAGAUUUCAUGGGCGGAGUAGGUUUUACAAAAGAUUUUCCACAAGAGAAAUACUUCAGGGACGCUAAGAUCGGAACAAUCUACGAAGGCACAAGCAAUAUGCAGCUUCAGACUAUAGCUAAGCACAUCGAGAGAGAAUACAAGCAGUAAAUAAUAAUAAAUAGGUUUAAAAAAAAUAUCCUUGAGAUUAUCAUGUGAAGAUCAUAAAAGAUAGCUUUUCCCCACAGUAUUGGGAUUGGAAUGUAAAUAUUAAUCAUAAUGCUUUGUAAAUAUUGCUGUGAUUCAACCAUUCCAAAUUUAAAAAUUCCUCUAAAUUUAUGUAUGUAUAACUUGAUGUCUAAUAAUUGGUUAAAACUUUUGCCUACUAUACUACCUGUUCUUUUUUUACUGUUUUAUGAAAAAUACAUUCUUGUAAAUA